UCACAGGAAUUAGACUUUGAAGUGGAACUUGCUUUUGUAAUUGGGAAACCUGCAAAGAAUAUUAAGGUAUUUUGUUGAAGGCAAUUACAGUUGUAUAUAGUUGAUUUACUUGUGGUUUUAAAUCAUGUAGAUCAGUCAUGUAAAAUACCAGCCAUGUAUACUAAUUUUGCUUCUUUCUCUGGGAGGGAUUUUUGUAAUUCUUUAAUCUCUGUCAGCAUAUCUACAAUCGACGACAAAAUUGUGGAGACAUUCUACUCAAAUGGGAUAACUUUAGAGAACAAAAGAAUCCACACCCCUCCCCUGUCCCCUCCAUUCAAGGUUGGGGUGUUUGUUGUUUUCUAUAGGUUGCUCGAACAUCGACACAACAUUGUAUAGAGGGGAUAUUUCCUCCUUUUAAAGUCAGUAAAAGGUAAAGAAGCCCAGUUUAGGGCGAAGCGUCUCAACUCAUUUUGUCGCGGAUAAUUGUAGCUGACAGGUACAUUUCUUCAGGAAAAAGUGAAAGCAAAAUAAUGGCCUAGUUCAGUUAUUCAAGACUUAAUUUAUUUAGGCACUGAAACUGUUUUCUGUCAUCUGUUGCAAAGGAUGACAAGGAUGGACUUGGAUUGAAACUUGAAAAACUUGAGCCAACGUUUUCAAGUUUUAAUGUUAUGCCUUCAAAAAUCAGCAAAUUAUGGUUACUGCUCCAUGAUAAAAUGUUUUUGAUAUCUACUUCUCAAACUCAUUAAUAAUUCAUAAAGAAAAUACAAAGGAAAUCAAUGUUUAUAAGUAUUUGGAAAUCAGAUGAAAAACUGCUCAUUUUUUCAUCCUUAAUUUCUCCUUGUAAAAUCAUUUUGUUUGAGAAGUAAUAUCAAGCAUUCGACACACUGUUUCGUCACCAGAUGAAACACCUUGAAGUUCAUCAGAAAUACUCGGCUAUGCGUGGUAUUUUCAACUCUCUUCUCAGAUUGAUAUAAUUAAUACUUCAUAACUCUAUAACAGCAGCAUUUUGUGUAUGGGUAAAAAGGCACUUUUACUGGGAAUGUUAAAAAUAGCCAAUUUUAAACCCAAACAGCAACGGUAAUUAAUUUGUGGUUUUGAGGUUUGCUCAAUUAUUUUGAUUGGUCACCACACAAUCAACAUUCCUGAAAUUUUUCAGCUCAGAAUUGUCGUCAUGACAAUAUUCAGCUCAGAAUUGUCGUCAUGACAUAUUGUAGCUGCUUUAAGAGGUCAAAGGUGAUUGUUGUUUACCCAUAUUUUAAACAUUAUAAACUCCUUUAUUCUGUGUCUAAAACCUUGAUUAUAUUUGUCAGGAAAGUGAAGCCAUGGACUAUGUGGCUGGGUAUACUGUGGCACAUGAUGUUAGUGCUCGGGAUUGGCAGCUAAAGAAAAAUGGUGGACAGUGGUUGUUAGGAAAAACGUUUGACUCAUCUUGUCCACUUGGUCCAGCCAUAGUCACCAAAGACUCAUUGUCAAGUAAUAAGUGUGACAAGAAGAUGAGAAAAGAGGAUGGUUAGAGCUGGGAAAGCGGAGAAAGAUAAUAAUUUUAUAACAAACUAAGCAGGUUGGACAUGAAGAGAGCAAUAAAUUAGUAAGAAUUUAGUUUUCGUGUUCUGGACGCAGCUGGGAACUGAAGUGCAGUGGGUAACUCCACUUUAUUGUCACUUUUGGAUUCACCAGGGGUAGGCCAAACUAAACUGCAAAAUAGUGUGUUUGUCUCUUUGACCUACUAUGUUAUAUGAAGGGGACAUUGGGGGGUACCCAAUACUGCAAUACCGUAAGAACGCCAAACACUGAAUGCAGAACAGCAAAUGACUCUAAAGGUUAGUGAUUAGGGUUAGGAAGCUGAGUGAAUCAAGUUUUAGGUCAGUUUUCCCAUUUUAAUGUCCCUAAAUGGAACCUGAUUCACUCAAUUUCCUAACCUUAAUCACUAAAGUUCAGAGUCAUUCUGUGUUCUGCUUUGGGCGUUAGGAGAAUGCAGAAUGCCGAAUGACUCUGGAGUUUAGUGAUUAGGGUUAGGAAACUGUGUGAAUCAAGUUUCAGGUCAGUUUUCUCAGCAUAAUGUUCCUAAGUGGAACCUGAUUCACUCAGUUUCCUUAGAAACCCUAAUCACUAAACUCAGAGUCAUUUGGCCUGCAUUCUACAUUCGGCGUUCUGUAUAAUACCCCUGCCACUAAUGCAAAGGUAAACCUCAAAUAAUGCAGCCCCAAAAGACUGAAUUAACUUUUUACCGGUACUUUAGGUUAUCUCCAUUAUAUGAUAGUGUAGUACAUAUUAGAAUAAAUUAAGACUUCAAAGUUAAAUUCCAGUACUAACAAUGUAUUACGAUGUGGUGUUUGUCCUGACAGUGCAUUUUUAUUUUUCAGAUCCUCACAAACUGGGAAUUCGUUGUCGUGUCAAUGGAAAAGUCAUGCAAGACUCAAACACUGAGAAUUUAGUAUUUAAAACAGAGGCAUUAGUUUCUUGUAUAUCAAGGUGAGAGUUCAUCAAGCCUUAUCACAGGAAAUUUUUAUUGGUCUACACAGGUUGAAAAGACAGACAAGGUUUUCAUUUGCUUUCAUACGUGAAAAUGAGGGUGGUUAGAAAUUGCUCUUCUUUGUUUAGAAGUGCUGAAAAUCUCUGACCAACACCCACAAAACUUAAUAUUGGAGCGCCGCACGAGUGAAGCCCCAUAGUUAAGAAAAUUUGGUAAUCUAUCCAUCUGAGAAAAUUUUGUUAUGACAUCAGCAUACGACCGAACACUGACCGUACAGACUCUGGGGGAGGGGGAGGGGAAGUAAGGAGUCAGCCUGUAGGGGGAGGAGUAUGUUGUAGCUGAGGUGAAUUUUUUGCAUUUCAAGCACCCCACUCAUUUUGGCAGUAAAUUACAUGGUCGCACGGACUUUUUUUUCUAAAAAACGAGUCUUUCUUUCCACUAAAUUUUAAUGUCUACAUUAACUUGGAUAACAGGGAAAGAGCUAGAGUGAGAAAUAAAUAAUGGAGACCAAUCAUCUUCGUUAGAAGAAAAACAUGAAAAUUAUAUAGCAGCGAUAAGAGUGUACUGCACAUGCAAAGUUAAUUGGAAAUAAAAGUGUGCUGAAUGUGGAAAGUUUGUUUUUUGCUUAUAAUCAGAUCUACCUGUUGUUUUUUUUUACCGUUCUCGUUGUUUUCACCUUGUCUAUAAUAUUACUCGAUUUUAUAUUUUCUUUGAGCAAACUAUCAAUAUUAAAGAGAGCUUCACUUUGAGCUGUGGCUAAAUCUAUAUAUUAACUUGUGCUAAAAUUUACUUCAAACAGUUUUUUGUGAAAGAUGAUUGUUCAUCACACACUUAAAUGUUGAAAACCUUAACCAUCUUAAAUGGUUUUUAUCAAAAUUUAUUGGCACUUAAUACCUCAUUAAAAUUAAAAACUGAUGACUGAAAGCUUUAAUAUUGUUUCAAUAGAAAUGUUGUGGAGUAAAUUCUGGGAAUCACGUUUAUUUUAGCAUCUUCUGGUGAUUUGGGUAAAUUAUUACAAUAUUAAUUGUAUUAAUGUGACCCCCUUUUGCCCUCCCACCCCUGUCCCCUUGUGAAUGCUCUGUGCCUCCCUAUUGACCUCCCUUUGAAAAUACAGUGAAACCCCACCUUACAGCCACCUCGGUAGUACUGUAUGGUCACCUCGUUAUCACGGCGGGUUUUUUUGGGCCGCCUGGUAAAAAACUGCCAUACAUUUUCUUAUGAAGAAACCCCCGUUAAUACGGCUAAAUCUUUUUGGCCCAUUGGUGACUGUAUUGACGGGGUUGCACUGUAACUGUAAACGGUGAUAGAGUACCAGCAUGUUCUGUUGAUCCUGCAGGUUUGUUACCCUGUCACCAGGUGAUGUAGUUAUUACAGGGGUUGGAGUUUUUAGAAAGCCCCCCGUCUUUCUCAAGGUAUGUAUUCUUUCUCUUGUAUCUUUUUUUUAGCUUGCUUUUUAACAGCUGUCGUACAUACAGCUAUGAAGAACAGGAGUCAGAUUGUUCAAAUAAAAACAGGAUUAUAACUUAACAUGUUAAACAAAGACUAGGGAAUUUCUCUCUUUUGAUAAGCUAGUUAUGAUGACAUUCACCCCUGCAAAAUCAACCAGACAUGUGUCCCAAAAUCUGUUCAAUCUAACACAGUUUUACUUCAAUCUGAAUCUGAAGUGCACUCUACCAAGUCAAACACACUAAUAACAUUAAUAUUAUUUUGUUUGUUUAUUUACUUUCAGAGGUGUGACGUAGUUGAAUGUGAAAUUGAUGAAAUAGGCUGCAUUUCAAACACAGUCCAGUAA